AUUGGCAACGUUGAGCUAAAUCGAAUUGGAAUGAAUUCAGCCAGAAACAAUUUGAAGCGCUCAAUGCCCAUGGAAGCUCUGAUCAAAACUAAAGUCAUGAAAACGGCAUCAAUGUCCCGGAAAACACUACUUGAGGAUGCAAAACUGUCGACUUCUGAUCAAGAUCCAUCCGAUCGCCAAGUCCUGGCGAACAAAGCAAGUGAGGGAGCCGAGGAAAUGUCUUUGCCCAUCGUGAAUCCCAGGGAGCCGACGCUGAAAGAUGUGCUGAGCAUAUACGAAAAUGUGUCCAAAUUGGGGGACAUACAGCGAUACUUGAACGUUAUAUACAAACCCUUCUACUGCUUGGCAAUGACCACGUCCAAGUUCCAUCUCUUGGAACUGGACAUGGGCUUAAAAAAUACGGCAUUCGAACCCGAAAAGCAUAUGGCCUUGUUCGUCUAUCGCUAUUCGCCGACUCGCAGUAUAAGGAUCUAUCCCCAUGGCAACAUUUAUUGUCAGGCAUUUUGCAAAAACAGCGCCCGAUAUGGUCUAGCCAAUAUAUUGAAAGAGCUGAGGUAUCUGGGCUAUGCGCCUCGUUUGCGACGGCUGAAGACCAAUGCGGUCAACGCCACCUUCAGUGUGCCUUUCAAUCUGAAUCUAAGACAGUUCCACCUGGAAAAUCCGGUAGUGACCCGUUAUGACACCUCGAAGUAUCCGUUCCUGGUGUACAAGAUGAUGGGAACAACGGUCGAGAUAGCUAUCUUCCCCACGGGCUACGUAAUCGUGCUGUUUGCUACCACUAUGGAAAUUACCAAGUUGGCCAUAGCCCACAUCCUGCCCACAUUGUACCGCUUAAAGGAUCCGUAUCAGGAACAAUGCAAACUGAGCCACAGCAGCGGUGAUAUCGACUACAAACUGCUUUGGGAGAAUCAUUUCCAGAAGAACGGCGAUAAGACCACCGAUUGGUAAAUCCCUCAACAUAAUCCAUUUGUCGUUUUCGAUUUGUUUCCAAAAU